UUAUGAGCACUAUAAUAUUUGUGGCCACAUGUCCCCUGACAAAGCCUAACCGUGUGAGCCAGCAUGAUUUGGUCGUGAGUCGUCACCCACAAAUAGCGCGUUACUCGUUCGACGUAAUGCCUCAUCGGGAAAUUCAGAAUCUGAAAACUGCAACAAAUCAAAUUUAGCCGCACCUAGACACAGCGAGCUACAGAAGCCAGAAAUAUGUGGAAGCGCAUGGCUUCACUCUCUCCAUUAGUCUCCUCGUCGAAAUCAACCUUACUUAACCAGGCAGCAUAUGGGUUCAACAUCCGGAAAUCACUUUCUACUGGGAUAUCCACUCCGGUAAAACAUGGAACUAUGCUCAAAGAGAAAACUCCAUUUAUAACUUUUGUCUUAGGUGGUCCUGGCAGUGGAAAAGGUACACAAUGUAUAAAGAUAGCACAGACGUUUGGAUUCACACAUCUGAGUGCAGGGGAUUUGUUAAGGAGGGAAAUACUUUCAAACAGUGAAUAUGGUACCAUGAUUCUGGACACAAUUAAAGAGGGCAGAAUUGUUCCUUCAGAAGUGACAGUCAAACUAAUUAAAAAGACGAUAGAAUCAAGUGACAACUAUAAAUUUCUAAUUGAUGGAUUCCCACGGAGUGAGGAGAACCGCAUAGCGUUCGAACACAUUAUUGGAGUAGAACCAAAUGUCGUACUUUUCUUUGACUGCCCAGAAGAAGAGAUGGUAAAACGUGUGCUAAACCGUAAUGAGGGCCGAGUAGAUGAUAACAUAGAUACCAUCAAAAAGCGUCUUAAAGUAUUUUCAUCAUUAAAUCUUCCUGUUGUCAACUACUACUCCAAGAGAGGAAAACUACAUACAAUCAAUGCAGUUGGAACAGUAGAUGAGAUUUUUGAACAAGUUCGCGCCGUUUUUUCUGUGUGCGAGGUAUGCUGUCUUCUCAUUGUUACUACUUAACAGUGCUUACCAUUAUUUCAUGACCGCUUCCAAUUUUCAUCACCACUAAGUAGUUUCAAUUUCAUUAUUAAGUAGUCUUGCUUUGUGUUGAUCAUCGCAUAGACGUUGGUCUUCUUGAUGUUGAUGGCAUCAGAGUUUUCUUCACAACUAAUACAUGCACAAGGAUCCACUACUCUGUAUUACACUUACUAAUGCUCAGAUUAGCUUGCUAUUUAAUUGCUACCUAUAUGUUUUUUAUUCUAAUACAGAUUCUUUGCAAAUUCUAGCAGUAUCAGUAAAUUUUAAGCCAUCUGUUCCUGUGCAAAUUUUUGUUUAUUACUUAUUGCAGAUGUUCAUGCAUAGCAUUCUGAAAGCCAAUAACCAUGCUAAAUUUCCUUUGCCACAGGCAAUGAAAUGAAAGAUAGUUUUGAUCAAGGAUGAGCACUUUUAAAUUUUUGUAUUUAGUUGGAGUUGCUCGACAGUUUUUGGCCAGAUAGUGGAGAUAGUUUGUCAAACCAUGAAAGGAUUAAAAUUCUGGGUUAAAGGAUUCAAGGAAUUUGACAGUGGCAAGCAAUACUCAGCCUAGAUGGUGAAACUCAUUGUCAAUGUUUAUCGACUUUGGUGAUGCAUGUCGAUAGGUUAAGAAUUUAAGAUGCAAUGAAUACUGUCACUCUUCUCUUGUAGAAUUCGUGAAGGGGAAAAUGCAAUAUCUUAAGAAACAAGACACUAGUAUAUGUAUAUCACUUUAUUUCAUUAUUUGGUAGGACCACUUCGUAAUAUUAACUUGCAUGCUAUUACCAGAUAAUUUUUUUUC